AUGGUCACCCAUCUCCAUGAAAAAUUUUAUCGAUCCAAUGCCACCCCAUUAUCAGAAGCCGACAUCAAGGAAAUUAGAGAAUCCAGAGACAGGAUACCCAAUGCAUCAAAAAUAAUGGCUGAAAAAUUCCAUGUUGGUGCUCGGCGUAUUUAUGAAAUAUGGAACAAUAGUGAACGUCUCCAACAAGGACUUAUUUUAUCUUCUUUCGAUCAGCUUGCUUUGGAUAAAAAUUCCCAAUCUGAUAAGUCAGAACAGACUCUUGAAGCAGUAUCAUCUAUAUCCCUUCUGGCUACAGAUAUUCCAAAAAAGAAUGGUCUAAAAAAGAAGGUUAAAAUAAAUGAGAAGCCGGUUACUGAGGCAACUAGUAUAGUGAAAAAAAAUAACAAAAAUGGCAUGGUCUCUUCCUCUGAUAAUUCGUUUGAUACAUCCCGAGAAGACAGGGCAGAAUCUCUUUUUAAAAAUCUAAUUAAUCGUGGUGAAAAGCUUAAGGGUUUAACAGCUAAUACCCUCCUUAUAUAA